UUCUUCAAGCCAAACAGAGCCAGAGCCGCCGUCGCUUCGGGGUUAGAAGGUGUGCGAGUCUGGCGUGUUUGAGCCUGCAACUGGUCAUCGAAUUUGCGGCUCCUUAAAUAAAGCAAGGAACUGGUCAGUUACAUCAACGAUGGGUCUGCACUUCGGCAACCUGUACAAACUGCGAGGGAUCGUCACGUACAAGUUGUCACCGUACGAGCAGCGGGCGUUCGCCGGCUUGUUCAAGCAGGGCAUCCCGAACGUUAUUCGCAGAACGAAGGACCAAGUAUUAUACGUUCUGCCGCCCUUUGUUCUGUCUUACCUUGCCUACGACUGGGCCGAGCGUGAGCACAAGAAGUCGAUGCGCAAGAACCCCGCCGACUUUGCCAACGACAAGUAAACAUGAGCUGAAGCUUUGUGCUUGAGCUAGAAUGAAUAAAUGUAACAUGUUCAGAGUUAUUUAA